AUGGCGGAAACCAAGUCCUAUUAUCUCUACGAUCCGUCCGAGGCGCUCGCCGGAGUUGUUGCCGGCCUGUACGCUCUCAGCUUUCUCAUCACACUCUUCCAGACAAUACGCAAGAGAUCAUGGGUUUGGUUGGUAAUGGUACUCGGCAUCGGAAUGGAAGUGAUUGGCUACGCGGCACGAGUUGUGUCGGCAAAGAAUCCAACAAAUAAAACGCCUUAUGUCCUCCAAUUCACACUCGUCAUCUUAGCGCCGGUUAUGAUGGCCGGUGUUAUCUACGUUAUCUUCUCGAGGAUCGUGUUCUGGGUUGUGCCCCCCGAGUCUAGGACGCUUCGGAUUCUCUGGGUUCCCCCACGCUUCAUCACAGUCAUCUUCGUUGGCUUCGAUGUUGUAGCACUGCUGCUCCAGCUGGUGGCCGCCGUGCUCGUCUCAGGAACCGACCCGACCGACGCGAACGCAAAGGACAAGAUUAAUUUGGGCAAAGAUCUCGGUCUUGCCGGCGUGAGCAUUCAGAUCACUGGCUUUGGUCUCUUUACCAUAGCUGCUAUUCGAUUCCACUUUACCUCGAAGCGGCUCGAUGGACAGUUCGCCAGAAUGAACCAGGCCAAGCAUGACAUCCAACGACACUGGUCAAAGCUCUUGUUUGCUGUGAACGGGUCGUGUUUCUUGAUUCUGAUUCGUUCCGUCUUCCGUGAAGUCGAGUUUGCCGAAGGCAAGCAAGGUGGAACCCAACAAGAAGAGUGGUAUCUCUACGUCUUCGAUACGCUCCCAAUCCUGAUAGUGGUUAUUCUAUACAACAUCUGGUUUCCAGGCAACUACCUGAAGCACCUUUCCUUCCGAUUGCCGAAGGAGCAUCGACAAAUAGCCCCGAAUCAGGAUGCAGUUAGUCUGCAGCAAGUAUAG